GCGUAUACAUUAGUCUUAUGUUGCUAAGACUAACCUCUUUUCUUGUAUAUAUAUAUAUAUAUAUAUAUAAUGUCACGGUUAUGUUACAGCUAUCCGACCCGUGAGUACCCUAGGCUUAGAACGGGGUUUAUGGGCUCCUCGGCCUCCGUACCUCUGCCUCCGACCCUCAGGUUUACUCUCAUUACACCCCCUAUCCUGCAUUACCUCUCUGUGCCUUGUGAUUCCUCCUCGAUACUUCUUACAUAUAGACCCUUAGGUAGUUACACUACUUUAGCAACCAAUACAGUUCCUGAUCUCUGCUUCUACCAAGAGCUUCACAGAAGUGGCCUAGCCAAAAUAUAUACGAGUUAGAUGCAUGUUGCGAUUUAGCUGAGUGAAAUGCUCUCUUACUUCUAAUCCCAAUAAACGAAUGCGAAUGACAAACCUGCUGCCUGGAAGAAUUGAGCACCAGUGACAACGUCUCGAAAGAUCUCAAGCACUAGCAACACAGGAACGAAUGCACCAUACAACGUCCUCUACCCCUCUUCCGUGGACGUUCGUCACCC